AUGCGCCUACCAAGUGCAGCAAAGCACGACCUGGGGUGCACUGCCACGGCACACCCAGCCCACCCCAAGGCUGCCCCGCGCUGCCCCUCCCCUUCUCGAGCGCCGCACACGGGCGGCCCCGCCGGGCCUGCGGUGAGCCGAAACCAGUCAGUCGGAGGGCGCGGGAGGGCGUGCGUAGGCCUACUGAACGUGCGUGUGCUCUCUGUGCAGACCACCGGACUCGUGGGGUUGGCUGUCGCUGAGAACCCGCAUGAGCGCCUGCGAAUACUCUACACAAAAAUCCUUGGUGUCCUGCAGAACGUUCCCAAAGAUGCAGCUUAUAGGAAAUACACUGAGCAGAUUGUAAAACAGCGAUUUAAUUUGGUGCAAACGGAGACUGAUGUGCAAAAACUACAGGACAAACUGAACAGUGGUCACAUAGAAGAAGUCAUUGUACAGGCUGAAAAUGAGCUUUCCCUGGCAAGAAAAAUGAUACAGUGGAAACCAUGGGAGCCUCUAGUUGAAGAACCACCUUCUGACCAGUGGAGAUGGCCAAUAUAAUUUUCAAAAUGGUGUAACCUCUUGAAAGUCAAAAAAAAGUUAAUUAUUAAUCUGUUGUUACUGACAGUUGUCUUUAAAUUAAAGAUAAUAACUUCAUAAAAACAUGUUUUGUCCUA